AUGUCUUAUCUUUUUCGGUCGGAAAUUGCCAUUGAAAAUCAUCCAGAAUUAAGUAAGGUCGAGAUUACUUUGUCUGCUCCUCUCGGUUUGGAAAUUAUUACUCCUUCUUUGCUUUCGGCCGAAGCGGCUGGCCAAUUAUUAUACUCCCUUUAUCACAAACUAAAUUAUCUUUUUGCUUACCUUGAUUACCAAAUAAAAAUUACCGAAGAAAGCCCGCAAAUUGACAAAAAUACCAUUCAGGAUAAUGCUGCCGAUUACGUCAAAAGUGCCCGAGCCAAAAAUUACGCGGCUUUGGCGAUAACCGACCAUUAUAACGUGCAAAUUUUUCCCGAAUUUAGCCAAGAACAAACCGAGGAUUUGCGAAUUAUUUACGGCUGCGAAUUAGAAAUGUUGGAAGAUGACUUACCACCUUACAUUUUUAAUCACAAUUCUGCUACUAAUCAGAAACUUUUGACAGUGCCAAUAACCGCUUUGACUUAUUGUAUUUUUGACUUAGAAACCACUGGAUUUUUUGCGGCUUAUAACGAAAUUAUUGAAAUAGGAUAC